GUUGACUAAGAUUGACGAAAAGAACAUAAAUCAUAAACAAAUAUUUAAAAAUUAUGUCGAAAGUCACGGUACAAGACAUUGAAGCCGUGGACGACUAUUGGGGACCCACUUUUCGGUCCAUACUUGAAGGCAACAAUAGCAAGUCCAUUAGUGAGCAACUGGAUCAGCGCAUACGUAGUCACGAUAAGGAAAUUGAACGCAUAUGUAAUUUAUAUUAUCAGGGCUUCAUUGACUCCAUACAGGAACUGCUACAGGUGCGGACGCAAGCCAAGCAGCUGCAUGAUGAGGUCCAUUCACUUGACACUUCCUUGCGCACGAUUAGUGCAUCGCUCAUACAACAGGGCAACGAUCUGGUGCGUGCAAGGCAAAUUGAAUCGAAUCUGGCCAGCGCUAUUGAGGCGCUUAAGUCUUGUCUGCCAGCCUUGGAGUGUUAUAUGAAAUUUACGCAACAGGCAAAGAACAAACAAUAUUAUCAGGCUCUGCGUACGCUGGAGACACUGGAGACGGAGCACUUGUCACGCUUGCAGCGGCACAAUUAUCGUUUUGCCACCCAGAUGCAAACACAGAUACCGAUUAUAAAGGAAAAUAUACGCUGCUCGUCAGCUGCUGAUUUUCGUGAGUUCUUGGAGAACAUACGCAAGUUUUCACCACGCAUUGGCGAGUUGGCCAUAACGCAUACAAAGCAGCUGCAAAAGCGCGAUAUUAAUGCCAUAAUACAGGAGCAUAAACAGCAGACUGACAAGACUGCUGGUGAUGACGACGGUGGCAAUGUGAGCGCUCAGGACUUGAUUGACUUUUCGCCCAUUUAUCGUUGCCUACAUAUUUAUAUGGUUUUGGGACAACGUGAGUACUUCGAGAAGGACUAUCGCCAGCAGCGCCGGGAUCAAUCCAAACUAGUGCUGCAGCCGCCGCCAAAUAUGCACGAUAAUUUGGAAGCAUACAAGACAUACAUCUGUGCUAUUGUUGGCUUCUUUAUUGUGGAGGAUCAUGUUAAAAACACAGCUGGCGAUGUGGUAACCAGCAGCUACCUGGAGGAGCUUUGGUCCAGUUCUUUAACAAAGUUUGUUAAUGAAAUCAGCAUGAGCUCCAGCUCAUGUACCGAUCCAAAUAUCUUGCUGCGCAUUAAGAAUCUCAUAAUGCUAUCCGUCAACACAUUUAAGUGCUACGGGUAUACAGUGCAAAUUUUGUGGGAGCUGCUGCACGAUAUGAGGGAUCAUUACAAUGAGGUGCUGCUGCAACGUUGGGUACAUGUAUUCCGUGAUAUUUUGGACAAGGAACAAUUUGUGCCCAUGGUGGUAGAAAAUACAGAAGAGUAUGAAUGCAUCAUAGAACGUUUUCCAUUUCACUCUGAUCAUUUGGAGAACGCGCCAUUUCCCAAAGAGUUUCCGUUCUCACGCAUGGUGCCUGAAGUUUAUCAUCAGGCCAAGGAGUUUAUGUAUGCCUGCAUGAAAUUCGCCGAGGAACUAACACUCUCACCCAACGAAGUGGCUGCCAUGGUGCGCAAAGCAGCAAACUUAUUGCUCACGCGCAGCUUUAGCGGCUGUCUGUCUGUUGUGUUUCGUCAGCCGAGCAUAACGCUCAUACAAUUGAUACAAAUCAUCAUUGAUACGCAGUAUUUAGAGAAGGCAGGUCCAUUUCUCGAUGAAUUUGUAUGUCAUAUGACGAGCACCGAGCGCAGCUUGACACAGACACCAUCGGCCAUGUUCAAUGUGGCGCGCCAGGAUGCCGAAAAACAGGUGGCAGUGCGUAUAUGCCACAAGAUUGAUGAAUUUUUCGAGCUAAGUGCCUAUGACUGGCUGUUGGUGGAGCCACCAGGCAUUGCCUCUGCCUUCAUCACAGACAUGAUCUCUUAUCUGAAAAGCACCUUUGAUAAUUUCUCCUAUAACUUGCCACACAUCGCGCAGGCCGCCUGCCGUCGCACCUGUGAGCACAUUGCUGAUAAAAUCUAUUCCAUUUUAUAUGAUGAUGAGGUUAAGCAGAUCUCCACAGGCGCACUUACGCAAAUCAAUUUGGAUUUAAUGCAAUGCGAGUUCUUCGCCGCCUCAGAGCCCGUACCGGGCUUGCGCGAAGGUGAACUAAGCAAAUAUUUUCAACGCAAUCGUCAAUUAUUGGAUCUGCUUAUAUUGGAGGAAUGGAGCACGUAUUUCCAUGACUAUGGCAAGCAGGAGAAUCGUUAUCACUUGGUGCAGCCGCAGUCCAUAAUUGUUAUACUUGAAAAGAUACGGGAGGCGGACAAGAAGCCAAUAUUCUCGCUGGUACGCAAAAAUGACAAGAAAAAACUUUUGGAAACGGUGCUCAAGCAACUGAAGCACAUAGCCGAACGUCAAAGCUAGUUGGCAUAUUUAUAAAAAUCAAACUACGCUGAGCAUUCGUUAAUUAUAAAAAACAAUA